AUGGCGUUUACGUCUAUUGCUAACCUGUGCCCACCCCAGGAGGUCAUACUCAGUGACAGGAACUGUCCUGUUCUGUAUAAUUACUGUUCUAAUGAGAUGCUCCUACAGUACACUUGCACUAACUCGGUGUGGACUCACUCCUACGAGAACAACUUCUGUGACUCCUUAUUUACAAGCAGCCGUCAGGCCCCCACCCCCCCCUCUCCGCGCCAUCCCAUUUCCCCCCUCCACUCAGCGGCCGUGGCCUCACCUCCACACUGUCUCCGUUCGCUCCCCUUACUCGCGCACUCCCAUGAAUAUUUCAUGCGGCAGCAGCAGCACGCUCCAGCACCAAUGGGGAAAAAACGCAGGCUGAGGCUCUGUGUCGGAGGAGAAGUGAUUGGUGGAGGAGGUGGGGUGAGCAGCGUCUUCAUCCCAUGGGGUUGCGUGUGCGCGUGGUGGGUGGUGGUGGUGGUGGCGGUGAGGAAAGGGGUCCACUUUGAAGAGGUGUUUCGUGAAAAUCUGGACAUAUUUGACAAGAAGCAACUUUUAUUGCGAACACUUUCACUCGUGCAGUUCUUUCUGGUGUCUGCAUCACUCUGGCCAUCUGAAGAAAAGUAA